UCUGCAGCAAACCAAUGUACGACACGCGGCUCCAAGACGGAUGACAGCAGUGGCAUUUCUGGACGUGAUCCCAAAUCAUACUUAUGACACCAUCCGUCUGAGAGACGCCGCAGCUCAGGCUGAACCUGUACAGGAAGUAAGCCAGCGGACAUUGGCUUCACCCCUCAUCAUGGCUUAAUCGAUCAAGAAAGUCAUUCGCACAAAUCAACUUCACCAGCCUUGAACUACACACACAUCAGAAAAGUCAAAGUCAGAUUUAUCUCAACAUCCUUCAGCAUUAGUCAUCAGUGGCUCCGACCAGAAACCCGCGCCCACUGAAUUCUGCAGAAAACUCCACGGAAUUUCAACACCAAGUUCUGCUUGUUCUUUUAUUAGAUUUCCCCCUAUAAUUGAAGAAGAAAAGGUGACAAAAUGAAGUGAAGGACCGCUACAGCCAUUGCAGUGCUAGUCUGCCCAGAGAAAACUUUUGAAGCAUUGUUGAAGUACACUACCUUCCCAGAUUUUGCAGCAAGUUCUCUACCUGCAUAUGCAACCUUUGUGCAAUCAGCCCAGAUUUAUUCAUACAGUUUGAAGUAUGAUUUGUGAAUAAUGCUUGUUAGCCAGAUGGGAUGCUGAACGUAUUUUUAACCAGUGUCAUAUACACACAAUCUAACUGUGUUUAUGACAGGCUCCCCCUGCAGUAGGGCUUCCCAUUAGCAGAAUUACAGCCGCUCAACAUGUGUUAUUGGCUCCUGUGCAGAAAUGAAAAAAGGUGCUCAUAACGCCCAAGGCUCAACAUCUCCUUUAAACAUCAGUCGUAAAAAAGCCUUGCCACCACCCCUCGAUUCUCUCCCAGCCAAUGAGACGCCAAGAACCAAGCCAGGUCGCCCUUGCAAAAAAAAAGCUUAAUGUGUCCCAAAGGUUUGGCAUCUCCUGCACAGGUCGUCUUCAGUCAGAGAGGCCCGUGGGCACCACUGAAGACGGACUGGAGGGGGACGACACAUCUCUGGGACAAGGGACAAAACUUCUGCAUCCUCUCAGACUCUCACAUCCCCGUUGAGGGACAAAAACAUGGCUCCUCACCUCAGCAUGAGCAGGAGUCGGUCAUGGCGACGGACGCUGGCAGGAUGUUUAACACGUUUGAUUGUCUUCAUGUUGCUCUGUGCACCAGCUCUCGCUCAGCUGGAUUUGAACAGAUUAGAUGGCGACACGGUGUGCCCAACCAUGAAGAAUGGACAAGAUGACCUUCCAGGGUUUGAUCUGAUCACGCAGUUUCAGUUGGAUGUCAUUCCCAUGAGGGGCGUCAGAAAGGUAGAAGGAUCCACACCCCUCCAGGUGGCGUACAGACUCGACCGAGAGGCCAACUUCCAGAUCCCAACCAGGCUGAACUUCCCAAGGGGCUUCCCGGAUGAGUACUCCUUCAUGACCACCUUCCGCAUGAUCAAGAACACUGUCAACAAGGUGUGGAACAUCUGGCAGGUGGUGGAUGAAGAUGGUUUGAAGCAGGCAGGUAUGCGUCUGAAUGGAGACCAGCAGGCCCUGGAGUUCUUCCUCACCACUAUGGAGGGAGAUGUGCAGACCGUCACCUUCCCAGGCCUUUCCGUCCUCUUCAACACUAAAUGGCACAAAGUGAUGGUUGGUGUGGAGAAGGAGCUGGUGACACUGUACGUGGACUGUCACCCUGUGGACCAGAAACCCAUCAAGAGGAAGGGCUACGUCAACACGGAAGGAGACACUCUGAUCGGAAGAUUGGAUUCCGAUCCCAACACCUCUGUAGUGUUUGAGUUGCAGUGGAUGCUGAUUCACUGUGACCCAAAGAGAGCUCAGAGAGAAAGCUGUACCGAACUUCCUCAGUCUGAGUUGGCCGGCGGGGGCGCUUUUGUAGGCGGCAUGUUGUGGCGCCAUCUACAGAUGUAUGCCAAUGCUGAGCCGGAUCCCAAGCCGAUCCCUGGUCCCCCCGGUCCUGAGGGUCCUGAGGGGGCUCGUGGAGCCCAGGGAGAACCAGGCAGAGACGGGAGAGAUGGUAUUCCAGGCACCCCGGGCACUCCUGGAUCUCCGGGAAGUAAAGGAGAUCGAGGAGAGAUUGGACUGCCAGGACAGAGGGGACUGCAGGGGACGCCGGGACUAAUGGGACCGAUGGGCCCCAUGGGACCACGAGGACCGGUGGGAGAAAGAGGUCUCCCUGGUUUCCCUGGACCUGCUGGACCCCCUGGACCAGAGACUGUUGGGCCUCCAGGACCCCCAGGGAAGCCUGGUAUUCCAGGAGAUGAGGGAAACAUUGGACCAGAGGGUCCUCCUGGAUCAAGAGGAGGAAUUGGGCUCCCAGGACCACCUGGCCCACCAGGACCUCCAGGACCAGCAGGACCACAAGGUGCUGGGAACCCUGAGGGAAGUGGGGAGACUCAGUGCCAGACAACAUGUCCAGCUGGACCGCAGGGUCUGCCUGGUCUGCCGGGGAUGAAGGGACAUAGAGGUCUUCCUGGUGUGGACGGUGUGCCAGGUACCCAAGGUGAAAAGGGUGAGCGAGGGGCCACCGGAGAGCAAGGUCCUCCUGGACGUCCAGGAGAUGAUGGUCAGCGAGGGCCAAUCGGAUUCCCUGGACCUCAUGGUGAUAAAGGAGAUCGGGGUCCUCCUGGAUUCAAUGGGAUCCCAGGACCUACCGGACCACCAGGAUCACCAGGUGUUGAAGGCAUCAGAGGGCGACAGGGACAUCCUGGGCCUAAAGGAGACGAUGGUGCGAUUGGAGCACCGGGAGAGAAAGGAGCUUCUGGAGCCAAGGGUGACACUGGAGAGCCAGGAAAGCAUGGAUCUGAUGGCGCACCAGGAGCUCCAGGAGAGAAGGGAGAUCCAGGUCUGCCUGGAGCCAUUGGUGUCAGAGGAAUUGUGGGAAUUCCAGGUUUACCAGGAAAACAGGGACUUGUGGGGACUGCAGGCCAGAAGGGUGAAACUGGUGCUGUAGGACCGACUGGUCCAGUUGGGCUUCCUGGUAAAGAUGGAGCACUUGGACCACCAGGAGAAGAUGGAACUCCAGGAGCCAAAGGAGCCACUGGUGAACCAGGAAAACAGGGUCCAGUUGGCCCAAUGGGUCCACAAGGAAUCCAGGGUGAUAAAGGUGACCACGGACUCAUGGGCCCUCGUGGAAUCAAGGGUCACACGGGUCAUAAAGGAGACCAGGGCCCGAUGGGUCCUGUUGGUCCCAAAGGAAGUGAGGGAGAUCCAGGUGUUGCAGGAGAACCAGGCAUAAAGGGUGAUCAGGGGCCUCCGGGUAUUACUGGCAUCAAGGGUGAGCAUGGAGAGAAAGGUCAGAGAGGAACUACAGGAGCUGAUGGUCGUCCAGGACAGCCGGGUCAUGAGGGUCUCACCGGACCACAGGGAGCCAGAGGUCUGGAGGGGGAACGAGGACUACCAGGACCUGCUGGUCCCAGAGGUCUACCUGGGCCCAAGACAAGUGACGAGAAGAUCCGUGAGCUUUGCUCUGCUAUUGUUGAAGAACAUUUAGAUGCCUACAAGAAGGAAGUAGCCAAGAAGCCUCUUUCCAUUGGAGCCCCUGGAACUCCAGGAUCCAUGGGACCACCUGGACCACCGGGAGCAGCAGGUCCUGCUGGAGAAGCCGGACCCAGAGGAAUCAUGGGCCCCAAGGGGCCUCAAGGAUACUACGGUCUUCCUGGAAAACCAGGUGUCAAAGGUGAUGCAGGACAUAAAGGUGAUAAGGGAGAUAACGGAAUUGGAAUUCCAGGAAUUCCUGGAGAACCCGGACCACAAGGACCAGCUGGCAAGCCUGGCAUCGGUAAGGACGGUCAGGACGGGCCCAGAGGAGACGCCGGUGUGCCAGGAACACCAGGAACCCCUGGACCCAGAGGACCUCAGGGCGUCCCUGGUCUUUGUGAUCCUUCAAACUGCUUUAGGCCUCAACCUCUUUACCUGGUUGGCGGGAAGAAGUCCGUCAACAUCAAGGGUCCAUGAACAGAAACCUAGAAACCUUCACAGUCAUCAUCAGGUAGUCCAUCUCCGACAAACUUGAAGAGACUUCAGAUGGCGAGCAGAUGGUGAGAGAAACAAACGUGACAGAUGUAUAGAGACAUACGGAUGCAGCUCCUGAUGGUGGAUCCAGUUCACAUGGUUUAUUGUUGUACCUUGUACAUAAACUAGAAGAAAAUGUGUUUGUUCUUUCAGAUGGUUUACAGUAAAUCGCAGAUAAAUAAAUUAAUUGGAAAUUGUUGUUUCAGCUCUUUGCCACAAACUGGUUACACAAACCACUACAUGCCAUAGAAUUGCAAUUCUGCGAGUCUUUUUUCAAUAUUUUUUUCAUGAAAUGUGAUUGUAAAGACCGAUUUUAGACAUGGUGCCAGACGUUAAGCUACGCCAACACAACGACAGUGUGAUCCAACAACAGCUUGAAAUAAAAGCU